UUUGCACACGGGUGGAGUGCAGCCGCGACGGGGCGGGCGAACUCUCGGGCGCUUAGAGCCGGCCUCAGGUCCUCGGCGCCUGGCGCUAGCACCUCCAUCCCUACUUCCACCCCGACCCGGCCCCCUACCCCGACCCGGCCUGGCCCGGCCCCCGCCCCCGCCCCCCGGGCCGAUGGACUACUCCUACCUCAAUUCGUACGACUCGUGCGUGGCGGCCAUGGAAGCGUCCGCCUACGGCGACUUCGGCGCCUGCAGCCAGCCUGGCGGCUUCCAAUACAGCCCCCUGCGGCCCGCCUUCCCCGCGGCAGGGCCGCCCUGCCCCGCGCUCGGCUCCUCCAACUGCGCGCUUGGCGCCCUACGCGACCACCAGCCCGCGCCCUACUCGGCAGUGCCCUACAAGUUCUUCCCGGAGCCAUCUGGCCUGCACGAGAAGCGCAAGCAGCGGCGCAUCCGCACCACCUUCACGAGUGCUCAGCUCAAGGAGCUGGAGCGGGUCUUUGCGGAGACUCACUACCCCGAUAUUUACACGCGGGAGGAGCUGGCGCUCAAGAUCGACCUCACUGAGGCUCGUGUCCAGGUCUGGUUCCAGAACCGCCGGGCCAAGUUCCGCAAACAGGAGCGAGCGGCCAGUGCCAAGGGCGCGGCGGGGGCAGUGGGCGCCAAAAAGGGCGAGGCGCGCUGCUCAUCAGAGGACGACGACUCCAAGGAGUCCACGUGCAGCCCCACGCCUGACAGCACCGCGUCGCUGCCGCCGCCACCAGCGCCGGGCCUGGCCAGCCCGCGCCUGAGCCCUAGCCCGCUUCCCGCAGCUCUGGGUUCCGGCCCUGGCCCCGGCCCCGGCCCCCAACCACUCAAGGGCGCGCUGUGGGCUGGCGUGGCGGGGGGCGGGGGCGGCGGGCCCGGCGCGGGCGCAGCGGAACUACUUAAGGCCUGGCAGCCGGCGGAGCCGGGGCCUGGACCCUUCUCUGGGGUUCUGUCGUCCUUUCACCGGAAGCCUGGCCCCGCCCUGAAAACCAAUCUCUUCUAGCCGCCGGCCUCUGGAGGCUUCAAAGCCAGGCCCCAGAGAUGUCCCUGCCCCACCAGGACCUGAAGGAGUCCCUCCCCAUCCCGGCUACCGGCCUGGAAGUCCCGUCCGUUCCCACCGUGACCCCUAGGUGUGUCCUCCCCAGCUUUGAAGACCAAGUCAGGGCUACUCUCAUCCUUACCCACUCCCACCCAGCAGAGUGGAUACUCUUCACUAAACCCCGUCCAGGAAAGCCCAGGCUUUCCUAGCCUGGCUUUCU